CUGCCGGCCCGCGGGCAACCUUCUGCCGGUCCUGUGGAAGCAGAGAUACUUUUGAAAAAUGCUUCUUCUAAAAGUGAGAAUGAAACACUGAGUGGAUCCCAAAAUUUGACAGACAGCUUACAGAGUUUAAACUCAGAAAGAAAGGAGUCAUUGUCAACAACAGCCAAAAUCAGUUUGGUGACUGCGGGAAGGCCACCUGCAGCAAACCGUGACUCUUUGUCACCUGUUGUCCCUGCUAGUCCAGUAUCACAGAUGGAUGUUGAUACUUCUGAAGAUACUAGAAUUGAGGAAGAGGGUCUUCUAACGGAUUUGAAAGACACACUAAAUAGUUCCCCACCSAUCAUAAAAGAAACUAUGGAGUCAGAUGGAGAUGACUAUGCUUAUGAAAUGACACCAAAUGCCAGAUACAACCCAGACCUUCUAGAGAUGUCAGAAGAUGACAACUCUGACACCAUYGGUAAUUACAAUGAGGAGAUCAAGACCCUUGAUGAGAAGAUAAAAAGUGUUUCAGUCUCAGGGUUGGAUGAAGAAGAAGACAGCCAUUUCUUUUUUCAUUUGGUUGUAGUUGCCUUCUUAGUUGCUGUUGUUUAUGUCACCUAUCACAAUAAGAGGAAGAUCUUCUUACUGGUACAGAGCCGAAGGUGGAGGGAUGGCYUGUGCUCCAGGACAGUGGAAUAUCAUCGUUUAGAUCAAAACGUUAAYGAAGCGAUGCCUUCCCUGAAAAUAACCAAUGACUAUGUGUUUUGAAAGCACUGUGAUUUGAGUUUGCUGAACUUAUCACUUCUUGCCUGCCCAGUCAUGUAAUGAUAUUCAGGUAUUCUAAAUAAGCUGCUUGUACGGAAAUGAGAUGUACUCUCUGUGACCUGGAUGUUUUGGAGAUUAAAUCUCAUGGAAGAUCAAGGGCAUGAUCCAUCUGUUUGCUACUUUGGUCAGGUUUUACAUCAACUAUAAAGAUACAGAGUUUAAUAAAUUAGUGCUUUUUCCAUUCAUUAAGCAUCAUCCCUUCUGUCUGGAGCAGUCUUAAUAGUCAUAUUACAAAAAAAUAAGCAUAARAUAUUUUAGGUCUAAGAAAUUAAUGACUUUGGCAUCACUAAAUCAAAUUAAUGAUCUCUUUGCUAAUCACUUACAUGGCUCAUAAAUUCCACUGUAUUGCAAACUUAAAAUAUAAUUACUUUUUUCUGUAUUUAWAUCCUGAUGCUGCAAGUCUUUCAUCUUGUUUUUUUCUGAUUCUGUUUUCUUGUUGCAUAAUUUGAUCUUAUUUUAGGCAAAAGAGCUAGAAUGGCAAUUUAAUAAUUUCUUUAUGUGUUAAUGCAGUAAAUAUUUUAAAAAUAAUUAUGUAUAACCCAUUUUAUUUCAGAAGUUUUAUACCAUAUAUUUCCUAAAAUGUUUAAGGUGUUUGUGAAGGUAUGCAGCUUCCUGACUGUCUUUUUUUUCCCCUCUAAUGCUAUUUAUGACUACUUAAUUGUCUUUGUAAUUAAUGAGUGGAAAAUAAGCCUUGUUGAAUAAUCUUACUAAAAUAUAGAUAGGUGACAYGCUUUCAAUACAUCACAGCUUUCUGUUGAAUUUUAAGACCGUUGGGAAAUGGCUAUGUGAUUUGUUAUAUUAUAAAUGGGAGAAACUGUAAGAAUAAUUUAUUUGAUUGUUCUUCUGACCCAGGUAACAGACAGGUGAAAGUAAAGGUGUGGGGGCUACCAGUCAGUGGACAGUGCACUCUCAUUUUUGACAAACAUUUACGCGUUAGUGUAAAUCAAGUUACUGGUACAAUARKU